UGGGGAUCCUCGCUUUCCUAUAGCCUCGAUUGCUAUAUGUACAUGUAGACUAUUACCCAACAUGUCUAUUAAUACUUCGGACCGACUGGAAAGGAAGGGAAGGAGUUGUCAUGAGAACCCGUAGCCUUAUCCUUUACGGAAUUAUAAUCAUACCCUAAACUUAUACUCUGAGGCACAGGCAGCUUAGAACGUUCUUCUGAUUUAACUCCACAGUAAUUCGCCCAGAGCCUCGUAUGAAUCCCCCCUACACUAUCACCUACAACUUAGAUGAUUUGAAUGGCGGCGACUAUAGAUGAUUCAUCGUCUAAUACCUCCUCCCUUCUCACGAACGCCGACACCAUCUCAUCGCACAACUCCACCAUGGCAACAGAUAUAGAUGAUAGCCAUGACAAUGAAGGCUUAUCCAAUGACACUGGAACAGAGGAUGUAAAUGGAAAAGAUGCAGAUCACGGCACGACAGAGAAUGGUGGACAAGAAGAAGAGAACGUAAAGAAGAAAUCCGAUCUCGCCGCCGAACUAUCCGAGGAUGAUAAAAUAAGUGAUAGGAGAUGGAUAUCGAUCCUGUAUGACGAGUCCUAUCAUGAUGCUGAGGCACUUCCAGGGAGACGUAAAAAAGCCAGACGAAGGCUAGCUCAAUCUCAAUCAUACCUUAACUUAGUGGAAGAUCGCAUACUACACCUCGAAAAGACACUUCGAAAGAUCCUUAAGGAGCCCGAACCACAAUUAGACGAGCAAGCACCGGCGUCAAUCCCACCAAGUACUAGCGUUAUCAACGAGCUGACCUGGUCAGAGUACGGCGUGAGAGCUGACCUUGAUCCGAAAGCUAGCUCGAGUUCUUGGCAGCACGUAGCAGAGCUUGAUCCAACGCCGAAGCCAGUAAUUGAGGUGCUAAUAGAAGAGCCGAGAUACGAUGUGAUCCGCAAGACCGAGAAGAUUCAACUUCCAGGCCAACAAAAUCCCCAAGGAAAAUUGCCGGGCCUCGAAAUGCCGAGUCAACAUGACUUCAUACCAAGCGCAGCAAGUAGGGAAAAGCCAGGGACACCUUAUCGUAUCCGGAUUAGAUCACCAAUCCUGUUAAAGGUACUCAAAGAAGCAACUGGGCUUGAGACAGUUGUUGGCCAGCACCGGCACAAACUUGUAUUCUUCAAGCCAUUCAAGCUCCUAGUUGAAUAUACUGACAAGCUACGGGAUCACCUUCAACAAAUCACUAAUAAGACUACUCCACCUGGAGGGUACCAUGGUGUUCCGAACGAGACAGAGACAGAAGAGGCACGGGUCCAUCUUGGCCUCUUGUGCGAUGUGAUACGUAAAUAUUUACAGCCAAAGGUUAAUUUACGACAUCGAUUAAGUCCUAUCGGACAGAUGGUUUAUUUUGAAGAUCUCUGGUACAUAUUCAAAACUGGAGAUGAAGUACGAACGACAGGCAAGAGCCAAGUUCAGCUAUACCGUAUACUUAAAGUAACAGGCGGACGAGAUAUACUAAACCCUUGGAAAGAGCCUCCUACCAACCAUGCGUCGAUCAAGUUGAAAGAAGCGGGCUAUUCUACUGGAUCACUCAUCAUAGAAUGCUUCUAUAUGCACUUUGAUGGCAAGCAGUACGGACCUGUCAACCAAACAUUCCAAAUGCCUAAGUUUGAUGGUGCAAGGGAGAUUACAUCGCUCCCGGUAAUCCCUCUCGAAAUCGAAGCUGACAGUAAGAAACUUCGGAAUGAACUAUUGGAAAGGGGAAAGAAAUUUGCAGAACUAUCGAACCCGGCCAAGACGGCGCAUAAACUAUACAGGGGCCUAACCCUCGACAAACGCCCAGAGCAGGUUGAGUCCGAGGUUAUUAUUGACUUUCAGCUCUCGUUCGUCGAACAGCCAGAGAACAAGCCCGAGAUAGGGGUUGAAAAUCUUGCCGACGAUGACCCGCGAGAGCUGAAAGACAUUCACCCAUAUUGUGCGAUGUGCGAUGCGGUAGGGUGCUGUGGAAACGAUGUAAUUUAUGACGAUUUCGAAGUUGACGAAAAGGAUCGCAACGAGAUUAGGAACCAAAAACGAUCCAUUCUCAAUUCGACGUGGCUUGUGGACCAACUGACAGAUGACCAACUAGUAUUACUGCCUCCCAAGGUCUUUGGCUUCGUUCUCCAUACCAGAAGAUGGGCGACCUUCGAUAUCGAUCUUCUCCGCGAAGUCAAAUACAAGAACGGCUGGAAAAAUCUCGUUAUUGACGACCCCAUCAAGGACACUAUUCUCGCGUUGGUCGAGUACCACCAAAAGCCUCACAAUCAAGAACCCCAGGGGGAGGGUAUGCUAUCACCAAUAGACCUGGUUCAAGGAAAAGGCAAAGGCCUCACCAUCCUCCUUCAUGGCGAACCCGGCGUUGGCAAGACAAGCACUGCCGAGUGCGUGGCCGAUCAUACCAAGAGACCGCUGUUCCCAGUCACAUGUGGCGAUAUAGGGGACAAUGCGCAGCUUGUGGAGACGAAUCUCGAGAGGAACUUCCAGCUAGCCCAUAAAUGGGGCUGCGUACUUCUCCUAGACGAAGCUGAUAUAUUUCUGAGUAGACGCACAAACCACGAUAUUACACGCAACGCCAUCGUGUCAGUCUUCUUACGAACAUUGGAGUACUAUAGUGGUAUUCUCUUCCUCACUACUAACAGAGUCGGGACUAUCGACAGAGCAUUCAAAUCUCGUAUACAUCUCUCUCUUUAUUAUCCCAAGCUAAAUCGAAAAAGAACCUUGCAAAUCUGGGAGAACAACCUAGACAGGCUUCAAGACGAGUUUAAGAGCGAAAAGAGAGAAUUCAAAUUCCCGAAAAAGGAGAUACUGAGCUACGCAGAGAAGCAGUUCAAAAGAUUGAAGAAGUUGCAGCUGCGUCCUUGGAAUGGACGGCAAAUACGAAAUGCUUUCCAGACCGCUAUCGCCAUUGCCAACUACGAAGCUAGAACUCAGGGGAAGCCUCUGGAAAUUCGAAAAGAACACUUCGCUAAAGUCGCGGAGAGAGCCAUCGAAUUCGACAGCUACCUCAAAGAGCUUAGCUUAGGGAAAGACGACUCCCAACUAGCCCGGGACGGAAUCCUCAGACUAGACAAUUGGCCGGGCUACCCAGUUGUAACGCGUCGCGCGGACCCGAUCUAUGCGUACGAGAAAAACAACAACAACAGGAGGAAAAAGACAGGCAAAAGGGUGGAGUCUGAGGAAGGUAGUUCGGAGGACCUCCCUUAUGAGAACUCUAGCGAUGACGACAACGGGGACGACUCCGACGACAAUGAAAACGAAAAUGACAGCGACGACUCUGGGGACGACGACAGUGAUGAGGUGAGAAAACCUAAUAAUAAGUCGAAGAGGAAAAAGAGGACAUCUGACGACGAUGAUUCGGGCGAGGAGGAUCUGAAACCCAGGAAGAAAAAGUCGAAGAAGAGGAAGAGGUGAACUUACAUGAUCAAACCCUGGGAUGUAAGAUUACGAUGUAGCGAUGUGGUGAUUAUAUGUGCUCGUUUGGGAAUAUAUAGGAGAUCGUAAAUUGGGACUUUCGUUAAUUGAAUACACGUACAGACUGUUGGCGGCUCGGACAUGGUGAUCUUGCCCUGCGUAUCUACCUACCUUCUCUACAUAGGGACGACGCGCAGCUAAUAUGAAAUCGAACAUGAAAUCGAUGAGCUAGAGUCACUUUUACAUAUGCCAGCCUCCUAUAUCCAAAGAUACCUUACUAACUAACCUAACUACCUAACGUAGGUAGGUAUCCCCAGCACUAUUUCCCAAGACGGAGUCUUCUCUACAGAAACACUAUUCCCGAAUCGUACCUAACAUGCAGCAAAACGCACAGCUGAUAGCUUGUAAUGGUGUUUCAGCUGAACGUCGGUACCAGAGCCUGGGAUGCGCCUCUGGCGAAUAGCGCAGGGAGCAGGGAGAUGGAUGUGAUAGGUCAGGGAUUCGGGUGGAGAUUUGGGGGCGGAAUGCUGACGAGGGGGGGGGAGGUGACAUAGGUAUGUAUACAUAGCGAGCCACAGGUGCAGCUCUGCAACAACGUGCCCGGCACGGUGGGAUUGGUAGGUAGAUACAAGAUGCGCUAUUUACUAGGUACUUGUCCUUCUCCCGCUCUAAGCCACGCUUUUUUUUUUUUUUUUUUUUUU